UGCUUGUUUGCACAGACUACAAAUGAACUUGUUUGCUUGUUUGUGUUUUCUUAAUUCCCAAUUCCCAUUUUUUGACUUUUCUACUUUCGUCUUUCAUGAAAAGUUUCUUUUACCGGUGUAAUUCGAAGUGAUUUUGAAUAUUACUUAUUUUUUUAAUUGUGAGAAAUAAGAUAACUACCUACAAAACUUAAAUUUAAAGAGCUCUGCAACAAAGGAACUUUGUUACAGUAUUCAAAUCAUGGCUGAUACAAGUAAUAAAGAAACGUCCGUGACGAAAGUGCCUAUGAUAUAUGUCUGCGGAGAAUGCCACAGAGAAAAUGAAAUUAAGUCUAGAGAUCCAAUCAGAUGCAGGGAAUGUGGUUACCGUAUCAUGUACAAGAAGAGAACAAAAAGAUUGGUUGUGUUUGACGCGAGAUGAGAAGAAAACAAAGAUAUUUUCAAUUUUACAUUUACUUUAAUCUUAUCAUUAUAAAAUAUCUAUAUAAUGUAUAGUAUGUAAACAAUAAAUGGGCAAAUAUUUGA